UGACGUGAACCUUAGUCCAAGAUCUGAGCAUGUCUGAUCAUUACGUGUACCAAAAAUGACACAUCAAGGCUCACAACAAUUGUAGGUUUUGUCUAAUUGGGUUGUGGCUUGGAAUUUUUUUAUUUUAGUUUUGUGGAUUUGUGUCGGGGCCAGGAACGACCACAAUCUUUCACGCAUCUACUGCCAGUAUCAACUUGAAGACCAUAAUUAUUCUGUUCAGCAACUGUCCGGAAAUGGCGCCAUCUGGAUAUGAUGCUUCGCCUUACGACCACGACAAGUGGGGCUGGGUCAUGGUGGCCACCUUGUUCAUCUGCAAUUUGGUGGUGUAUGGUAACUUGAAAGCACUGGGCGUCCUCCUCAUUCCCAUGACCAACGACCUGGACAGCGAUCUGUGGCUUGUCGGCUUGAUCGCCGUCUUCUACGGAAUAAUGAAUAGAUGUAUGGGGCCUGUCGUCGCAGCUGCGUGUCGCCUGCUGGGCAGCCGUCCCAUGAUGGUGUUUGGUGGACUUCUUAGUACGCUAGGCUUCAUGUUGACGUCGAUAUCAACCAGUGUUUUUGCAGUGGCUGUUUUUAUUGUUGGAUUAUCAGGUGUUGGUUCUGCAUUUAGUCUGUUCAUCAACACUGCAACUAUGGCUUCAUACUUUAAGGAGAAUUAUCCUUUGGCUAUUGGAAUAUCAACGAUGGGCGUUCCUGCUGGCGUGAUGGUUUACGGGCCCAUGACCCAGGUACUUCUUGACACCUAUGGCUGGAGAAGAACCAUGCUCUUACUGGGAGGUAUCUCCUUUCAUCUGGUGGCGUGUGCUGUGCUUAUGCGACGCAAUCCACCUUCCUCUGCACCAGACACGGAAAAAUACCAGGAGGUUGCAGUCAGUGAUGAGGAAGAAAAGAAGGACAACAGUUCAAACUAUCGUGAACAUAGGGCGAGGCAGUGUUGCCAAAACAUCCUGAAAGCAAUCGAUUUGGUACUGUUGACGGAUGUGAGGCUUGUGUUGCUGAUCUGCGCUGGAUGUACGGCUUCUCUCACCUACAGAGCAUGGCUGGUGUACAUGGUGCCGCACGGGCAGUUUCAGGGCCUGAGCGAUUUUGAGGCAUCGUUUCUGCCCACCUCGUACGGAGUGGGUAACGCCAUGGGCAAGCUGAUAAUGCCCUUUUUGCAGCAGGUCGGUAUAAAACCAUCCAUGGCACUAUGGGCGUGUUUCGGGGCGAGCGUCGUGUGUGUAUCGUUCCUCCUACACGCCUUCGUCAGACCUUUCAUCGGACAGUUGGUGAUUACCGGACUCGUAGGCGUUGGUUACGCCUUGACGUAUCAAGCAAAUGACGUUAUGAUACGGUUCCUUCAUGCUGAUGACCGGUUUGUUAGUGUACUGGGUUGGCAGGGAGUGUUUGUUGGCGUUGCUGGGAUACUCGGCGGAUUGAUAUCAGGAUGGGUUUAUGAGUGGACUGGCAGUUUCAGCAUAGCCCUGUGCAUUUUCAGUGGAGUGAUAUUGCUGUCAAUUCCCUUGUUCCUGGCCGAGGCUAUCUACGCCAAGCGAAAGGCACACUAAGAAUGGAUCAUUGGUGGUGGAUGACCAAGGUUUCUUCUGGCUUGAUCGAGCUACACUGCAGUGCCUAUAGGGCACUUUUGAGGGUUUCUUGGUUUCAUUAUACAAUAAAAAUAUAACUCAAUAAAAUAAGCAAUAGCAGUAAUUAUUA